AUGAAUUGCUGUCCCAACGUGAUAUUGCAUGGCACUUUCUACUUUACCUCGUGCCAUGCCCGCCAUCCACAAGAGAACGAGACACCGGACCCCUAUCGGACGACUCACAACUCUUUCUUGGCUAAAGACAAAGAAAGGCUAUUCAGACUAGAGUCCUCGCCUCCGCCUGAAACUUGUGGUAUGAAAAGAGAGAGGACGUUUGCAUAUCAAUCUAAGGACGGAGCCGGUGAUCCAGAUAGUAACGACGGAUUUCACGGCUUGGGAUACACCUCACCUCCUCGGUCGAAGAAUUAUGUCCAUAUCUACGAUGACGACGAUGACGACGAUGACGACGAUGACGACGAUGAAGCUCGUAGGAACGGCUACGGACAUCGAAGGGUUGACUUUCGUACGAUGUCAGGCCCUCGUCAUGAACGCGAGGAUACUAUCGAUGAGCAAUUAUAUCGAUACAGCACUUCCCACUCUCCGCAGUCUUCACCAACAACGCCCGCCACGGAAGCAGAUGCUGUCCGGGCCGGAAUUCCCGCAGGGUAUUCCGUCAAGCACUGGGAUCCCAUGGAGCUGCCUGUUAUUCUAUUGGGAAGUGUCUUCGACGCCAACUCGCUAGGCAAGUGGAUCUAUGACUGGACGGUAGUCCAUUUCGGCGCCUCUACACCAAUGGCUGAUAUGGCGGGGGAGUUGUGGCUACUCCUAAUCAAACUUGCGGGCAAGAUGAAAAAAGCCGAAGAGUGUGUCGGUCACAUCCCUACGCUCAACGAACUUGAGGAUGUCGAGUCCUUCCUUGAAAGAAGUUAUUUGCUGUGA